AAAAAAAAACACACGUAUAAGGAAACACAAACACAAGCAUAAACCCUCUCGUUCAAUUCCGAAGUUUAAGGAGCAGUUAUCCUAAACUGCCGACUGCUUCAGUGAAGAUGAAGAGAAUGAUAGCUUUGGGGUUUGAGGGUUCAGCAAAUAAGAUUGGUGUUGGUGUGGUGACCUUAGAUGGCGCAAUUCUGUCAAACCCACGCCACACAUACAUCACUCCUCCUGGUCAAGGCUUUCUCCCUAGAGAGACAGCACAACACCAUCUCCAGCAUGUUCUUCCCCUUGUCAAAUCCGCUUUGGAAACUGCAAAGGUCACUCCUGAGGACAUUGACUGUAUCUGCUACACCAAGGGUCCUGGCAUGGGAGCUCCUCUGCAAGUCUCUGCUAUUGUUGUUCGUGUGCUCUCACAGCUUUGGAAGAAGCCAAUUGUUGGUGUUAAUCACUGUGUGGCACACGUUGAGAUGGGAAGGAUUGUAACGGGUGCUGAUGACCCUGUUGUCUUGUAUGUCAGUGGUGGCAACACUCAAGUCAUUGCAUACAGUGAGGGGCGUUAUAGAAUCUUCGGAGAGACCAUUGAUAUUGCUGUGGGAAAUUGCUUGGAUCGCUUUGCACGGGUCUUGAAUCUUUCCAAUGAUCCAAGCCCGGGAUAUAACAUUGAGCAGGUUGCAAAAAAAGGAGAAAAGUUUAUAGACCUGCCAUAUGUUGUCAAAGGGAUGGAUGUAUCUUUUAGUGGAAUCUUGAGCUAUAUUGAAGCAACUGCUGUUGAAAAGCUAAAGAAUAAUGAGUGCACGCCUGGAGAUUUGUGCUACUCUUUGCAGGAGACACUGUUUGCUAUGCUUGUGGAGAUCACUGAGCGAGCUAUGGCUCAUUGUGACACAAAAGAUGUUCUUAUAGUUGGUGGUGUAGGUUGCAAUGAGCGGUUGCAAGAGAUGAUGAGAAUCAUGUGCUCUGAACGUGGUGGAAGAUUGUUUGCUACUGAUGAUCGGUAUUGCGUUGACAAUGGAGCAAUGAUAGCUUAUACUGGUCUCCUUGAGUUUGCUCAUGGUGCAUCAACUUCACUAGAGGAUUCAACAUUCACCCAGCGGUUUCGGACAGAUGAAGUGAAAGCGAUAUGGAGAGAAGCAAAUUUGGAAAAAUUGAACGGGGUUGCAGAGAAGAACAUUUGAUUUUUCAAUCUUUGAGGUCUGAUUCUGAGUGCUCAUUGGUAACUUAGUACAAACAUGAGACUGCUUGGUAUUCACAAAUUAACCUCCUUCAAGCUCAAGGUUAUAAGUUAUUCGCACAGUAAAAUUAUGUAUGAAAAAACACGUCAACGUGUUUGAUAUUUUGUUGUAUUAUUCAGUGGUGCUGCAACAGUGGCAUCCACACCAGGAUGUACCAGGGUCUAGCAAUGACACUGGCUUUUGUUCCAAAGUCAGUGUAAAGCUUUUACAGUGUGUCCUUGUUCAAGUGACUUAACAGUAGCUCUUUUCUCACAGACUUUGUCUAAAACUUGUCCGUGUAAUAUGUCUAUUUUUCACUAAGGUAGCCAAUCUUCAAUCUUUGUCA